AAUAUGCUUACUUCAAAGAUAUUUUCGUCAUUACUCACCUCAGCUGAAGAAUUACAAAUAGCUCCCCACAAAAGUUCCUUCCCUUUCAAUUUCCCCGCAAAACCAAACACCGACCUGCCAUAAAAUGAAGAAAUCAACGGUGAAAAAUAGAGGAAUUCAAACGGAACCGGAAAAACUGACGGAGCCGGAGAUGAACGCGGCGUUGCAGCUUAUUCAGCUUAGCGGCGAUUCCGAUAGCAGCCGUGAAAUUUACCAUAACGCCGGCGACAGUUCAAGAGUAGUGAUCGUAGAAAGGGAGCACGGAGAAGAAGAAAGCGUCGGCGAUACGGCGGACGUAUCAUCGUCAGCAGCCGUGAAUAUGGAAGAGAUUUUCGACGAAGCUUCUCCUCCUAAGAAAAGGAAGUUCCGAUCCGUCGCUGCACUUUAUCAGACAAUACAGGCAAAGUGGGAUGCAACAACCUCGACUAAAAAGCAUUGAUAAGAGUUCAAAUCGAUCUUGUGACUUCUCACGUAAGAAAUGUAAAAGGAAAAAAUAAUUAACUAGUGGAUUGUUUUUGUACCCAAGCAGAGACUUUAAGUAUGUGAGAGGUACAUAUAGCCUUUAAUUAGAAUAUACAUAAAAUAUAUUGAGAUAUUAUGGAUAGUAAUAGAGUAUUUACGAUAGUGAAUGUUGA